AGGGGUCAUUUAACCUUCCAGUGCCAUCCUAAACCUGCAGAAACAGCAGAUACCCCUCUACCCCCCACCAAAGAAGGAGUGAGAGAGAGGGAGAGUGAGAGAGAGUGUAAGUGAGGGAGAGCAGGUGUGGAGGUUAGAGGAGGGUUUGGUUGAAAAUCUCCUGAUUUUGUCUCUUUUUUUUAUCUGUGUUCUGUUCUGAGGACUUCAUCCCUCUCUCCCACACUUCUGUUCCAAAAUGGCGGGUAAAGUUCCGGCGCCCCCAGAAUCCUUUGCUCCGAGUUCGGACAGCGUUUUCUCGGAUCAGUUUGGGUUUUAUUCUAUGGACACAAAGGUUCCCGGACUCUCCAAAGUCAUACUGGAUAAACUCAACAUGAAGGACUACUCAGAGUACAGGGCUGCUCUGGAGGGGAAGGGGAAGGUUGGGUUUCAUUCUCAUAAGGAAAUGUUUCAGAAACUGGAGGAAACGUUUCAGUUCUGCACCGGCUGCUCCAAACUCCCCACCGACCUCCCGGAUCCUAAAGCUCUCAAACGCUGCAUCAAGUGUCUGAAUGUGUAUUACUGCAGUAAGGACUGUCAGAGGAAGGACUGGUCUCUCCAUAAGAAGUUCUGUAAGAUGCUGAGGAUGGUGGCCAUCGACCGGCUGGUGGAGUGGCUCAUUCACACGGGUGACCUUCCCUUCCCCACGGAGGCGUGGUCUCGUCCCACCAAAGAGGUGCGGUCCUGGGAGGACUGGCUCUCCAUGCAGGGUGACCUCACGCCCCGCCUUCAGCCCGUCCUCUCCAGCCAGAACAUGACAGACCUCUGGACCAAUGCCUGCCGUCCGUGGCCGGAGGAGGCGGAGCUUCGUGAGUCUUUGUGGCGAGUGUGCAGCGAGUUCUUUUCACGCACGCUGACGAUUGGUCUGGGGAUUCGGAUGUUCUGUCUGGACCCUUAUUCCCGCCCCCUGACGAUUCACCUGGUGGGGGCCGGUCAUAACGAGACCCUGGGGGCCCGAACCACGGACCUGGACGAGCUGAGCCGCAUGUUCCCCGGGCACCAGGGCCUGGAGGUGGUGAUGGUGGGGCCGGAGGUGGUGAAGGGCCCCAUCAUGAGGCCCCCGCUGAGGGCGUUUGGACCCAGAGGAAGGGUCUACAUCAGUGCCUACAAGGGUCUGUACGACCAGUUCUGGGAGGAAGUGGUGGAGAAAGGGGAGGCGGCCAGACCGGACCUUGUGGUCGGGUUUCACCCAGGGUUCCAUGCGUCUCAGGGUUUGGUUCAGGGAUGGUUGCCCACGCUGCUGCUGCUCCGAGAUUACAACAUACCCUCCAUGUUCACCAUGUACAAUGAGAGUGAGCUGCAGUAUUCUCUGCAGAUUCUGCUGGAGUUGGAGAUGGACAUUAAGGGAACCGGGCCGAACCCCUUCAGUUCCCAGAAGGCCGAGCAGGUGCAGUCCUGCCCCAACAAACAGCCCAGCUACUGUAACGCCUUCUAUCUGCACUUCCAGGGCCUGCUGGAGACCGCCCUGGAGGAGGAGCUACAGGAGUAGAACCACAGAACCUCUAGAUCAUCACCCAUCCGCCACCACGUUUCACAGUGGGUCCCAGUACACCUCUGCAGGUCUCCAUGUAAACAUUAGACGACCAGGUGUUGAGCAAAGCUGAAAAUUGGACCUUACUCCAGACAUUUGCCUGAACUUCAGCCUGGAUCUGCUUUGCUUCCCAUUGAAGAAGAUUUUUCUUUUUCUAGCUUGAGUCAUUUGCCAUUCUUUUUAUAGGUCACUUGAGGUCAUCCUGCGGUUGCUGAAAGACAUUCAAAUAAGUUGACGGUCAAUCUCCAGACCUGAACCCCAUUAAAACCUCUGAAUCUAAAGUAAUCAUGUAAGAUGUAAGUCUUUCACAAGCCAUCAAACAAAGCUGAACUGCUUGAAUUUUUGCACCAGGAGUAAAGCAGCAUAAAGUUAUCCAAAAGCAGUGUGUAAGACUGGUGGAGGAGAACAUGAUGCCAAGAUGCAUGAAAACAAACUGUGAUUAAAAACCAACCAGGAUUAUUCCACCAAAUAUUGAUUAUUUCUGAACUCCUAAAACUUUAUGAAUAUGAACUUGUUUUCUUUGCAUUAUUUGAGGUCUGAAAGUUCUGCAUCUUUUUUUGUUAUUUCAGCCAUUUUUCAUUUUCUGCAAAUAAAUGCUCU